AUGGCAAAUAAAAAAAUUGAUCCAGAAUUCGAUCUAGAUGAUGAAUAAGAAGCUCUUUUUGCAUAAUAACGAGCACUUGAACCCCAACCUUAAAUUAGUGUAAAUGCACUUCCUACUCGUUUAUAUUUAGAAAAAACAACUCUUCCGACUAUAUAUAAGGCAUUAGAAGCAUUAGAAAAAGAAAGACCUGUUAAUCCUGUCGAGUUUUUUUCAUAUUAUUUAAUUACAAAUAAUCCUUAUACAUAAAAAUUAUCAAAUGAAGUUGAAAGUCAUUAAAAAAUAUAAGAAUCGCCAACAUUAGCAGAACUUAAAUGA